ACAGAUCCGCCUCUCCGAGCCAUCGACAUGUUCACAGGCACCCAUCCAAGGCCGCCAGUGGCUUCGAGACCCAGGGACAUCCUAUUCGUCCCAGCGCAGCUGUUCCAGAACGGCUACGUCGACUUCAUGCCGCACGCAGUGCAGAUGUCCACCCUCGCCGGACCGCCACGGACGUCGAUGCUUGACGACCUGUGUUUCUACCUUCAGCGGCACUCCUCACAGCUCAGCAAGAACAAUCUCCCCGAUGCAGCAGCCGUGUUCGCCAAGAAGAUCGUCGCGGCACACUACUUGCAGCUGUACAACUUUACCCGCUCAGUAACAUCCCACGUCCAGUUCCACGUCUCCCGCCUGGACCGCACAGGGAUGGACUUUCUCGAAUCCAGCUUUGUCGGGGCUGGACAGUGGAGCGACGCGCAGGCUCUUGAGCGGCGCGCGAGCGAGUACUGCGCCGACAUUGAGGAUAUCAUGCUGCAAUGCGACAUUCCGCUCAAGGACUGUCCGGAUCCCGCCAGUUGCGCAGUCCCCUACCCUUCCUCUUCCCAACAAACAGCUGGAGUAGUCGUAACCGCACCGGCCUGGGAUGACAGCAGCGCCGAUUUCCAGGUGCUGCGAAUGCGCCUGGCCGAUGUGCGGCGGCGCGCCGAGCUGCUCAAUGCCUCCGUGAUGGGGCUUGCGAGUAUGAGCGGGAACCAACAGGCGCUGCGCGAGGCGCGGAAUACUAAGGCGCUCACUUUGGUUGGGCUGGUCUUUAUUCCACUCGCUUACACGGCCACGUUGUUCAGCAUGACAGAGCCGUUUGGGCCCGGUGGGGAGAGAUUCUGGGUCUAUUUUGCGGUUUCGCUCCCGCUGAUAGUCUGUGUUUUCGGGGGUUAUAUUGCCAUGGACGCGUAUGGUGCCGGGGCGUUUUCGCUGAGGAGUUUUUCCCUGCUGAGGUAGGUAGGUAGGUAAGGCUGGCUACAGGUAAGGCAGUACUCCGUAUUGUCCAAUACUGCCUAGGAUUCGAAAGGGAUGAGGGAUUCUAUCGCCGGAGAUCAAUGCUGGCAAUGCUCAAGGAGAACGUUACCUUCGGUCCGAAUGACGAAUAGUGUAGUGGGGUGUGUGUAUGCGUGUGUGUGUGUGUUCGUCCGGUUUCUUUUCUCCCUCUUGGAUGAUCGCUGAACUCCCAUUCCAUCUAUAGUAAAAUAAAAGGACGAAGUGUCUCAUGGACUUCUUCCAAAUUGUCUACCGACCCGUACCUUGAUCCAUUCCCGUUCUCAUACGGCCGGUGCUAGCAAGAACCAAACCUGCGGCGGCGCCCAAGCUCUCCAGGACUGGCAAGAC